GAGUAUUUUCUGCUGCUGGUGUUUAUCCUGCUCUCAUGGUUGUGAUGUCUGCUGGUGCAAGAGAAGAGGUGAAUGUGGAAACCAAUACCRAUGCAGCAGAAACCCCAGGAGGGCCCCUCAGAUCUGCGCGGGAGAAGUUUCCAGUGCAACGAACAUCUGUGACCUGUCAACCGCCGCAGUCCAUCAUGGUGGUCCGGUCCACCCCUUCAGGAGAGAAAAUUCAGUGUGAGAGCUUCCUAAUAAAUACGGAAACAAGAAGAUUUGUGUUGGAUGAGUCAACUCCAGGAAACAUUGCUGAGCUUACAUCAGCCAAGAAACCCCACAGAAGUGCMACCGACAUUUCUUGUGCCAGUAGCAUCUGCCAGGUUCCAGUUUGCAUCCCUGAUGCUACGGCUGGAGAGCAAACCCCUUGGCGUCGACGUUCGCUGAAAGAGACCAACCACGUUUCGCCGUUCCGCCGCCAUGCCCUCAGCGUCCCCAACAUGGGCACCCUCAGUCCCCUUCAUCUGAAUAACAGCAGCCCCGUCCACAGCGCCCACCUCUCGCCUGCACGCAGCAACAUAUCAAGUCCUGGCAGACAUGUGGAGAAGCUUGCCAAGGCUCGAAGCAAACUCCUGGAGAGUGAAAGCAACCAAACCCCCAGACUCCCCCCAGACAUUAGAGAGCAACUUCGCUAUGUGUCCAAAGAGGGGAAGUGUCGCGUCAACCUGUGCCACAUUGACGAAAGGGGUCGUUUUUUGUCCGAUAUCUUUACCUCUUUUGUGGACCUCCAGUACCGCUGGUUUUUAUUUGUUUUCAUGAUGUGCUACAUCACUACAUGGUUCCUAUUUGCUGGGCUCUACUAUGUUAAUGCAUAUUUUCGAGAUGACCUAGGACCUUUGCAACCUCUUGGCACCCCCGAGAACCACGACCAAGAACAAAAGCACUGUUAUUUAGGCAUAGAUGGCUUCAUUUCGGCUCUGCUCUUCUCUGUGGAGACGCAGCGUACGAUUGGUUACGGGUCACGUACAGUGUCUCCUGCCUGCCACGAGGGCGUCCUGCUGGUCAUGAUGCAGUGCAUCGUUGGCUCCAUGAUAGAUGCCCUCAUGGUCGGUUGUAUGUUUGUGAAAAUAUCCCGCCCAAAGAAGCGAGCCGAGACUCUUCUUUUCAGCCGCACCUGUGUCAUCUCGAACCGCGACGACCAGCUCUGCCUGAUGUUUCGUCUGGGGGACUUGAGAGAGAGCCACAUGGUGGACGCAAAAGUUCGGGCCAAGUUAAUCAAGUCCCGCCAAACAGCCGAGGGGGAGUUUCUUCCGCUUGAGCAAACUGAGAUUAAUCUGGGUUAUGAAUCUGGGUCCGACAGACUUUUCCUGGUGGAGCCUCAAGUCAUCAAGCACAACAUUGAUGCCAAGAGUCCCCUGUGGGAACUGGGUCCCGAGCAGCUCAGUCGGCAGCAGUUUGAGAUCAUCGUCAUCUUGGAAGGAAUUGUUGAGGCCACAGGAAUGAUGUGCCAAGCCAAAACCUCUUACAUCGAAACAGAGAUCGAGUGGGGCGCCCGCUUCGAACCCUGCAUGACGCGCGAGAAGGGCUCGUUCAGGGUGGACCUGCGGCGCUUCCACACCACCUACAAGGUGCCGCUGCCCAACUGCAGUGCCAGCCGGGCUCAGCAGUUAAUGGCUCUGGCAGAGUGUCGAGUCCAAGGCCACAAAGCCUGCAGACACUGGGAGGCCUGGGCGGAGGAAAACGACAAGUCUCCGUCUCAAAGCCUGUUUGUUAUUGGUGACAUUCAGGAGGAAAGGAUGUCUGAUAAUGAAACUGAAGCAAGUGGAGAGAGGAGCWUGACAUAAAGUUUUGUACACCAUACCUUAGACAUUUUCUGAGGUAUGUAAUUUAUAUUGUGUAAUUAAUCAUUGGGAAACAUAUGUUUUAACUUUUUCCACAGAUGUUAACUUUACAGCAGAAACAUGUGUAAAUAAAAAUAUAAUUGUGUAGAUGUAAUUCAUGCAUUUGUAGAUUGUAAUCACAUGGUUACUUUAUUAGAGUUUUAUUAAA